AAACCAAGGGAGGGCAACGUAAGCCCCGAGCCCCCUUAUGCCCUAGCGUGGUAGGCUACCCCAAUGAGAGAGUUGCUAUGGAUAUAGUAGGUCCACUGCCAAAGUCCCAACAAGGUUCCAAAUACAUACUCGUUGCGGUCGACUAUUUUACCAAGUUUGUUGAAAUUUUCCCCCUAGCCGACGACACCGCCCCUUCAGUUGCCAAAAGCUUUUACCAGGGUUGGGUCUGUAGACACGGGGUCCCUGCAUCCCUACAUACCGACAGAGGAUCCAACUUUCAAUCAAUACUGGUAACGGAGCUUUGUAAGUACCUGAAAACCCAUAAAACACGGACCACGUCAUACCACCCCCAAUCUGAUGGGUUGGUCGAACGUUUCAACAGGACAAUGGGCGCUAUGCUCAGGGCCUACGUUCGGCAAUCUGACCAGCGGGAUUGGGACUUCCACCUUCCCGCGGUACAGUUCGCAUAUAACACUAGUUGUCAGGCCACAACAGGCUUUUCCCCAUACUUUUUGAUGCACGGGCGUGAAGCCCGCCUCCCCGUGCACCUCCUCACAGGGGUGCAUUGUGACUCUACCUCCACUUCGGACUUUGUUGCAGCGCUCAACGACAGAAUGCCCGCUAUUUUCAAAUUGGUGCAGCAACACACGGCCCAGAAACAAGCUCGACAGAAAGAACUAUUCGAUUCCAAGGUCUAUGGACAGCCACAUGCUGUGGGUGACCUGGUGCUUGUACGAAAUAACGCCGGGAAACCUGGCCUGGCCCGGAAGCUGGCCAACAAAUUCCAUGGCCCGUACGAAGUAUUGAGUAGAGUAGGUGACAACGCCUACCGGGUGAAAAACACCCGGGGCCGACGGCAAGUUGAUGUGGUAAAUUUCGAACAUCUCAAAGCCCUUACUCCACAGAUGUUUGAUCCUGACUAUGACCCCAGGCAAGAGGGUCGCCGUCCGACGCGCAGGCGUCGUAACAAUAACCACGUGACUUCUCUCCCUAGGCCACAACUCUCGGAAACCUCUCCAACGGACGGUGAUGACGAGAAUUCUGACGAUGACAACCCGGAGCGGGACCCUGUAAUUCCCCAAGGGCAAAGUUCCGCGGGCCCCCCUCCCUCUUAUGUUUCAGAUCCGUCCUUAUCUGACACCGAACCCAAGCGGCUCCUAACACCUGUGGCACAGCGUCGACCCUCAGCGCCGUCAUCCCCUACGCACAACCGGCCACCUGACACAGCACAGGCGGCACCCAUCCAGUUGCCUGGCCCCGACCCAGCACGUACCCAGGCACCUGUUCCAGAUCCGACACCGGCUCCAGAUCCGACACCUGUUCCAACCCCGACACCUGUUCCUGCUCCGACACCUGUUCCAACUCCGACACCUGUUCCUGCUCCGACACCUGUUCCAACCCCGACACCUGUUCCUGCUCCGACACCUGUUCCAACUCCGACACCUGUUCCUGCUCCGACACCUGUUCCAACCCCGACACCUGUUCCUGCUCCGACACCUGUUCCAACUCCGACACCUGUUCCUGCUCCGACACCUGUUCCAACCCCGACACCUGUUCCUGCUCCGACACCUGUUCCAACUCCGACACCUGUUCCUGCUCCGACACCUGUUCCAACCCCGACACCUGUUCCUGCUCCGACACCUGCUCCGACCGACAUGACAGCGACAACAUCAUCACCCGUCCUUCCGUCCCCGUUACCGCAACGUAUCAACCCGCGUCGUCGUAGACAACCGCGAGACAUGAACAAUUUUAUAUGCUUCCCGGACGCUUAUACCUCCAGUGACAGCAACAGUGAUACAAACCAUGUCCACCCCAACGUAUGCCAGGUCACAAAAAGUCUAGAUGUGGGGCUGACUAGACAGUGCCAUCGUUCGGAUAGGUCGUGUCCCGGGGGAGAACGGUUCAAUAUAGGUCCCCCUACCCGUCCCUUGGAGCCCUCGGGUUACUACUACCCAUCCCUUGGAGCCCUCGGCUUACUACUUCUGCCAAACAGUUGGAGUCCGGUGAUCCAUUUAAUGACAGCUGUAGUCCGGGCCUUCACCAGCCCACCGAAACCUUCUUGAAAAAAUUCAUGUCAAUUUAGGAGUGGAAAAUUCUUCGUUCCGUUUGAAGUCCCUCGUGUUCUCUCGUGGUUUGGGCACCCCCCCUCCCCAGGUUCUAUGUCCCCCAUAGGAACGGGAUUUGACCCUCUGCCUGUUCCGUCUCCUCUCUCCAUGUCGUGACUCGCCUCACACAUAGACGGGCAUGGUCAAUUCCCCUGAUGAUUGGUUCCGUAGUGACAUGACCGUAGCGGGGUGUCCUUCCUACAACCACUUCCGACCGGGCAUCCGUACUCAGGUACCUACGGUUUGGCAAGCUUUUUCCUCCUCCUUCGUUUCGACUACUGAUUGUGUAAAUCCCGGCAAAAAAUUCAGCCUUCCUUGCAUCAUUAAGUGGUCUACUAAAAAAGAGAUUCCACGAAGGCAGUUGUCGUAAUCAUUAGCAGGGCACAUUGCUAGGGAUUAAGGUAGUGGGACCGCCUCGUUCUCUCCUCCGUUGGGACCCGUUUUCCCUUCCGAACGCGUUGGCACUCACUAGUCCCCUCCUCGUCUAACAACCAAGGACCCGCCAAAAAUGUAGUGGGUCCCGAGCAAAAACGCUCCCGAAACGGUUCGACCGGGUUCGACAUGGUUUAUCCUGUCUGUGUGUAUUACUCGGGUACAGAGUCUUGUCUACGUUGAUGUGUGUACAAAAUGCUUUGGAUGAUAUGAUUACUAAUGUUCGGAACUUUGAUGAUGUUACUGUUCAGGAAAGUACUUUGGUAUUAUGGUGCUCCUUUAUUCUGAUACUUCGAUGACCUUAUUGUUUGGGAAAUUGUUUUGGUAUUGUUUGGUAUUUGUUUGGUAUCGAGAUUCUGGAUUUUGUUGUCAUGCCUUCUGUUGCUUUCGAUAUGUAAUGUUGUUUCGAAUUCAUUCUGUAUGGUGCCAUGAUGUAUUUUAUGUGAUGCUGUAUUCAACGAGAUUCUCACCUAAGUGUCAAAGUCGAUACAAUUGAUUUUUUUACUUGAUUUGUACUUAAUGAGAUUGAAAGACCAGUCGUAUCUGAGUCGAUGCGAUAAUUUUUUUUCUUCAUCUGUACUUAGUGAGCCGACAUUGAUGUAUGCUAAAGUGUCAGUUAUGGUGUACGUAUGGUUCCGGGUAUUCGAAAUUCAUUGUGACAUUCUUACGUGAUUUAUUAGUUAAAGUUAGUUCAAUUUUACUGAGAUAUGUUAAAUGAUGCGGGAGCAUCAUUAAGCGUUGCGGGGGGGAUGGUGUAGCAAGUCUGUUAUUACGUUGGGCGGCCCAGGGGUCACGUGGUGAGAGCACGUGAUCAUGGGCGCGCCCUGACGUCAGCUAGGCCACGCCCCGCAGCGCUCGCGUAAGCUCCGCCUCCAAUUGAUAUAAUAUAAGGCGAGGUACGCGCUUGUUAGGCUAGAAGCAGACUCAGGGACAAGGACAACCACAUCUUCCUCCGCCGUAGCUACGUAACUGGUUAGUUAGCAUCAUCCACUCGCAUCUGUCCAGGUAUCUUAUCUUGUAUUAUUUGUAUCCAUUCACUGGUCUAUAUAUAUAUGUAUCGAGUCGUAGUAUAAAUAAAGGUCACAUCAAACUGUAUACUGAA